GCAAAUCCCACGAACCGAGGACGGGAUUAGAAGUAUUAAAAAAAAAAGAAAAAAAAGCACUCUUUUGACACCGGUUGGAUCCCGUCAGCCUCGAUUCCCCUUCAACUUUCCUCUUCUUUAGUUUAGAUUUUGUUCUUUCACCGCCCCCUUUCCUUUCGGUUCGCUAGAUCUUUGCUUCACCGUUCAAAACACCAAAGCAGCACCUCAUUCGUCGACAAAGGCACAAGAAAUUAGUGAGUAGAAGAGCGAUAUUUGGACUGUUCGCUGUGAUAAUUCUUUCCUUCUUCUUUGAUCCAUUUUUUUUUUUUGGAGGAAAGAAAGACAAGAAGAUAUGGCAAUUGAGGGAAAGGAAGUUAUGUUACAUAUCAAAAAAGUUCUAGUAUAUUCCAUCAGAACUAGCUAUAAAUCUGUUCAAGAUCAUCCAUUUAUUUUCAGUGUGGUGUGUUUCAUGCUUAUACUGUACAAAUCUUUUCCUUCUCUAUUUGCCUUUCUGGUGUCUUCCUCACCCGUCCUUAUCUGCACUGCUCUUCUUCUUGGAACCCUUUUGAGUUUUGGUGAACCACAUAUCCCUAAAAUUGAAGAAGUGGAUAAGAGGACUCAGGAAAUUUCUUCUCUGAAAGUUGGUUCUUCUGCCAGUGAUCUUGUUGUUAGGGAAGAUGAGAGCUGCAUGGUUGAGACCCAUGUGGAAACUCAGAGAGAGAUAGAGGAAAUGGCCAUCAAAGAGGCAGUUUUGGGUGAAAAAGGGGUUAGUCCUUGUUGUGAGGUAGAGGAGAAUAUCCCUUUUGCCACAAUACAUGAUGAGGUCCAUGAGGGAGAUGAGAGGGAUGACAGUUUGGCUGCAAGCUCUUCAGCUAAGGAAGACGAGAAGGGCAUUCAUGGUGAGGAGAUAGUGGCAGAAGAAAGAGAGCUCCACAAGCAGGAAAUAGCCAAGAAGAAAGAAUUUUCUGUACAAAAUGUAGCUGAACGUGGGCUUAAAGUGAGCAAAGAUAUUGAUGGUUUCACUACAAUGGAUCAAAUAGAAAAUGAGGGCCUCAAAGUGGAGAUUAAUAAGCCAGCAUUGGAUGGUUACUUUGAUUCUUCUCUCGGUUCACCUUGGCUGCAUAUUGACAUCCAUGAUGCUUCUUUAGAUUCUGGAUCCGACGAGGCAGAAAGUUCUUCUCCUGAUGCUUCUAUGGCUGACAUCAUUCCGAUGCUUGAUGAGCUUCACCCACUUUUGGUCUCUGAAACUCAGCCUGCUCUUUUAUCCAAAGGCAGCAUGGAUGGUGCUUCCCAAGGUUCCUCUCACGAUCAUGAAUCAAAUGAUGAUGGUGUGGAGGAAGAAGCUGAAAACCAGGAGGAUGAAGAGGAUGAAGAAGCACAGGAAGAGAAAGAUGAUGGAGCAGAUGCAGCGGUGACAUGGACAGAAGAUGAUCAGAAGAAUGUAAUGGAUCUUGGGUCUUCUGAACUGGAAAGAAAUCAAAGAUUGGAGAGCCUCAUUGCAAAACGAAGAGCAAAGAAGGAUCUAAGGUUUGAAACAGAGAGAAAUUUGAUAGACUUGGAUGGCAGCAUGAAGGAACUGUCAUGCUUUCAUGUUCAAAUUCCACCCAUUUCAGCACCAAGACGGAAUCCAUUUGACCUUCCAUAUGACUCAGAGGAACCAAUGGGUUUGCCACAAAUUCCUGGUUCAGCCCCUUCUGUUCUGCUGCCCAGAAGGAACCCAUUUGAUUUCCCUUAUGAUCCAGUAGAUGUAAGUAGCAGCCGCACAGUGGAGACUUGGAGACAUCGAGAUUUUGUUUCAGAUCCGCAAAGAGAUAUGUUUUCCAGGAGGAACGAGACUUUUAACUUGGGAGAUACCGAAGUUAAACAAGAAAAGCAGGAGUCUAGGCUGAAACCCUAUUUUGCUGUAGAGAGGACGGACUUGGAGGAGACAGAUUCUGCUGCCUUACAGAGACAAGUCAGUGACAAGAGUAAUUCAAAGGUGAGUUCUGUUCCAGAUUCUGACACAGAUUCUUCAGUCACUGAUCAAGAAUAUCAUAAAGAGCUUGUUGAGCAAGAACUGUAUCAAGAGGGCUCUCCUUCUGAACAUGAUGCUGAACCUGUUGAACAAAAAACUCGGUUCUCCAAGGAAGCUGAAUCAAUGAAGGUUGAACAAGAGAAGAGUGAGAUCAAUAUCGCUAGCGAUCGUGGAACUCAAAUACAUGCUAACAUUGUCCUUGAUGAAACCCGCCAAGCUGCUGAAUCUUUUGGAGCAGUGGAAGAGGCAAUCAGAGAUGAAGCAGGCACAAUUCCAACCAUUUCAGUUGCUGAGAAGUUAGAAGUGAUCGAAGAGAAGUAUGAACAGUCAAGUCCCUCCACAUCAGAAGGGGAUGAGAAGACUAGAGAUGCCAUGCUUGCAGCUGAUGAUUCUCAUUGUCUGAGUGGGGCAGAGAGAGCCGAUGACAGUCAUGUUGCUGGUCCCAUUUAUGAUUCCAGCCCACAAGCAAUCAAAAAAUCCCUAUCUAACAUUUCGGAAGCUUCCUCAGACAGUGGUAAAGGAGAUCCUGAUGCCAGUUCAUUGAAAUUUGAAAUACAACACGUGGGUUCAUCUCCAAGGCCUGUUGAGAGAAACGUUGACUCAGGAAUUAGAAGCACAGGGGAGGAGUUGUUGGCGUCCUCCACUAGAGGGCUUUGGGUGGCUUCAUCAAAAUUAGUUUCCGAAUAUGAAUCGAGAUCCGGGAAGAUAACUGAACUUAGAGAGCCAGAAGUUAUCGACAUUGGAUCACAACCAGUCCACAAAAAUGCAAGUGAUCUGAUUGCACCUGUAUUAUCAGAGCCAGCAGCUACAGAUAUUAUGUAUCAGUCAAGAAUUAAUGUGGAUGUGAGUCAUCAGACUGAAGGAAAUGAGAUGUUUGAUACUGCAAUGUCUUCUUAUUCAGACAGUUUACUGUUGUCUGAUCAUUUGAUUUCAUCUGCAUUAGAAAGGGCACAAUCUACAGAGAAAUCUGGAAUGGAGCCAUCAUCUGAAGUUGGUGUUGAAGAAUCCCAGAUAAGUAUCUUGGACUUGCCUCCAAUUCCCGAGGAGAACUUAGAUGAUGAUAAACCAGAAGAGGAGCACGAAAAUUUGACAAAGCCUGUGUCAUGUGUUGGUUUAACUGGAUCGCAGAUACUUGAAGAACCCAGAAUUGUUUUGUCUGAUAUAGAACAAGAGCUGUCUCUACUUCAGAGGAAGUCAGCUGAGGAAAGUGAUAUGGAUGGGAAUUGUAGGCUUGCUCAUGAGCCAGAGGAUGUGAAUCCUAGAGUUGUUUCUCCAGUUUCUAUUCAUGAUGGUAGUUUUACUGGAUUAGAGUUGCUUGAGCCAAAGGAAGGCAUGGACUUCUCAAUUCUGUCAGAGGCAAAGUCUGAGCUUGACACGAAGUCCAGUACUGUUUUGACUGAUUUAAGAGAUGACAUUGUCAAUGCUGUCCCAAGAGAGCGAGAAGGCUAUUCUCAGCAGAAUAUAAAUGAUUCAGAUGAAGAGUCUGAUAAGAUCCAUCCUGAUGUCAUAAAUAUCAGAGGGAUUGAUGAAAACCUUCUGUCAGAAUUGGAUGUGGUUGGCGACUUCCAUGUAGAAGGAUUGAGGUCAGAUCAACAAGGACCUGAACUAGGCCAAUCUGAUGAUAUUACCACGAGUUGUUUAACUUCUGAAAUGCAUGAAAUCACUUCCAAGCUGCUAGUUUCUGAAGUGAGAUCCACAGAGCAUGCUGAUAUUUCUCUGAAUCUAUUCUCUGAAGCCAAUUUGAACCCAUUUGAAGAAUUGCAUUCAGUCAUUGACCAGCCAAAAUCUGUGGAAUCAGAGGUUGGGUCUUCAUGUGGGUCAUCAUUUGUAAAUCCUGAGCAGGUGGUUUACAAUCCUAGGCUGCAUCUUCUAGAAGCAAGCUAUAUGGAAAUUGAUUUAGUUUUCAAGCAAGUCCAUGAAGAAGCUGGGGUGCCCUCUGCUUCAGAGCCCAUUGUUGGCAAGUCUAAAACAAUGACAUCUGAAGUUAGUGCAAGUGAAUUGGUUAUCACUGAAAGAGAUACUGAGCAAACAAUUGCUGAUUCAGGAAUGCUAAUCCUUGAAGCAAAAUCUGUUGAGGAUAUCAAUUCAGCUUUCAACAAAAUUACCGAAGGAAGUCUGGGUAAAUCUAUUGUCCCUGAAGUCGGACCAUCUCAAAUUUUACCAGGAGGGCUGCAUUUUGAACCGAUGGAGAUUCAUUCUGACCUGCAGAUUGUUGAAGCAAAUUCUUUCGAAGACAUACACUUAGCUUUCAAGCAAGCAUCUGAUGGCAUCUAUGACAACCCUCCAAAGGUGACUAAACCCAAUGUUGGGUCUACAGAAGUUGAGAUUAGUGACAGACACCUGGAGCCUGAUGUUCUUGAAGUGCGUUCUUCUGAAGAGAUCAAGUUGGCUUUUAAGGAAGCUGUCUCUAAGGAAGCUGUCUCAAGUAAGCAACAAAAUGCUGGAAAAUCAGGUGCAGUUGAGAAGGUGGAUGAUGAUUCUAGCUCCAAUGCUUCCACCUCAAAGAAGACAAAGAAGAAAAACAAAUCUGCUAAAUCGGGAUCAAGUUCCAGUUCAAGUUCUAGCUCAAGUGAUUCCGACUAAUUUGAGGGUAAAUAUUAAGAAAGGUUUUGCUUUUUUGUUUAUUUCUUGCAUGGUUGUUCUUGCUUGAGGUGUUGGGAUAUUUGUUUUACCUCUCUGGUUAUUUGAAAUUUUAAGUAGAUUUUGGGAUAUGGCUUUGAAAGAUUUUUGGGCUUUUCGAUAUAUUCUAGUGCUUUGUGGGCAGUGUUUUGGUCAGCUUUUCUUUUAUAAUAUAGUUUUUUGUUGUGACAGUUUGUUGUUGAAGUAGAAUUUGAUGAUGAUGGCUUCUUGUAAAUUAUAACUUGCAACGUAAUGAUUCUUGAAAAGCUGAGGAGGUGAUAUUCGUGAAUGAUAAAUAUUUUCACGUA